GCCCAGGGCAGCUAAGCUGGACAUGCAGCCCUCAACAGGGGAUCCAUUCGAUAUUCCUUCGAUGGUGCGCACUGCUUUGAAUGUCUCGUCAUCUGAGGAAAGGCGCCAACACACCGCAUGGAUGGGGCUGCUUCGACCGCACUUCUUGAUGCGUCACGGUAGGGACCGGAGACACGUCGUGCCCGGCCUUUUUUGCGGCUGGGCCGCGGAGCGCCGUACCGUUGGCUUUUCUGUUUUGACUGCGGGUCCUGUGUGAUCUUGUUUUUGAGCGACAUCACUGCGAAAUCACUUGAUCCCAGGUGUUCUGGAGCAUCACGAGGGCUUCUUGCAAGCCUGUGCCAUUUGGCGAGAUGGUGUUGCGGAUGGCCCUGGGAUGUGGGCGAGCGUGGUGGACGGCAAAGAGCAGUGCCCUGGACCGGUGAGAGGGGGCAAGCGCCAUGGCUACUUCGCUCUGGUCAAAGAAGGUGGCGUGUACCUGGAGGAUUACGACCAUGGAGAGCUGAAGAAGAGGAUCAAGUGGAGACGAGACAAACUGCAUGUGACCUGCGCAAGAUGUGGCUUGCUCUUCGUGCCAUCGGCCAACACUUCAGAAGAAAAGUUCUGCCGCUUCCACUUGUCUAAGCCUGACUACGAUGGGCGCUACUCCUGCUGUGGAGCCUUGCACGCUGUGAAUCCACGGGGCUGCGCCACGUCCACACAUGUGGAGCCCGAGCUGGAAGGCACUGCAGCCGUGGGAGUGCAUCUAGCGGCUCUUGACCUCAAGGGUGCGCAUGUUUUUUUUUGUGCAUUCGCCACGGGCAGGUCUCGUCGAUGGACAAAACUGGUGAGGGCAUAUUCUCCUGCUACUACUAUUUGCUACUGCUAUUCAACUUUGGGUACCUAUCAGCCUAUCGGCAUGUUGACAUGCAGGGUAGGAGUUGCAAUGGGCAAGUGAUCUUUUUCUUUCUGUGGAAUCUGUAGUGGAACCCAGCAAUGGCUCUUUUGUGGGGGAGUCCUUUUGGAAUGGCCACUGACUCAGCAUCCGCAGACUGCUCUGAGGCAUCAUUCACCGCGCUACGCUGCUACAUAUAGAUAUCCGCCCAACCCCAACAGUGAAAGAGAAACCCAACACCUGUGGACUGGGCCCUUGGAUCUUGGGGGGGCCUGGCCUUACUACUAGGAGCAAGAAGCUACGAACGUAGCGGAGCCUUCACCUCCGAAAGCGCUGCCGCCCUUCGACUGUUUGCCUUCAGAUGACGCGACGAGCCGGUGACGCGCCGCGUGACGCGUCGCGAGCCGGCAGCCUUCAGGGGGGCGACAAAGCUCGUUCCGCCCUGAAGGGUGGCGGCGGGGGACACCGGCGGGGUGAACCGAUGCCGUGAGUGAA